CGCCCCGCCGCCCUCGCCGCCUUCCCGGGCCGAGCCGGUCCCACAAGUUUUGACAGUUGGCGGAGCGGCAGCAGCAGCAGCAGCAGCAGCGGAGACGCCUCAGCCUCGCCUCGGCCGGGCCGCGGGAGACGCCGGGCUCGCCUGGCAGGCCGGCCGGAGGGGCUGAGGGGAGCCCGGGAGGGGCCGCCUCCCUCCCGCCCGCCCGCCCGCCCGCCCGCCCCACCAACCAUGUCGCGGGACCCCGAAGAAGUCAACAAACUGACCGAAAACACCUACAGAAAUGUGAUGGAACAAUUCAACCCGGGGCUGCGGAAUUUAAUAAACCUGGGGAAGAACUACGAAAAAGCGGUGAACGCCAUGAUCCUCGCUGGAAGAGCUUACUAUGACGGCGUGGCAAAAAUAGGAGACAUAGCCGUCGCAUCGCCAGUGUCUAAAGAACUGGGUAACUUCCUCGGUGAUUUCAGCGUGGUUCAGGAGCAGGUGAAUGAGUUACUUGACUUGAACUUCAAGAAAUUCCACAAAGAGAUUAUAUCAGAGCUGGAGAAGAAAACCGAGCUGGAUGUCAAAUACAUGAACGCCACUUUGAAGAGGUACCAAAACGAACACCGAACCAAGGUGGACUCUUUGGAGAAAUCUCAGGCGGAGCUGAAGAAGAUCCGGAGAAAAAGUCAAGGGGGGAGAAACGCCACAAAAUACGAGCAUAAAGAAACGGAGUAUUUGGAAACGGUGAGUUCCCGCCAGACUGACGUUCAGAGGUUUAUCGCUGAAGGUUGCAGAGAAGCUCUGCUGGAGGAGAAGAAAAGAUUUUGCUUCUUGGUGGACAAACACUGCAGUUUCGCGCAGCACAUGAAGUAUUACCAUGUUGAGUGUACAGAGGUAUUGAACUCCAAGCUGCCCGCGUGGUUGGAGACAUGCAGCGACGCCACGAAAGUGCCAGAGAAAAUUGUGGCUAUGAUAGAAGAGAUAAAGACGCCGGUCUCCACGCCGAUCUCGGGAACUCCGAUUCCUUCCCCGAUGAUCGAGAGGAACAGCACGAUGGGCAAGGAUUUCAACUCGCUUCAUAGGAACUCCAACCAAGUGCCCCCAGCUCCGACCGUCAGAGCCUACACAAGUCCCUUAGUCGAUAUGUUUAACAACCCUGCAGCAGCUCCAAAGGCAUCAUCGGAGAGAUUAAACCCUUCGACAAAUCCCGCGGACGAUUCCAGCUUAUCGCGCUCCACGUCCGUCGCCACGGGGCUCAACAUGAUGAAACGGCAGAGGGUGAAAACCAUCUUCCCCCACACCGCCGGGAGCAACAAAACCUUGCUGAGUUUUGCGCAGGGGGACACCAUCACGCUUCUGGUGUCGGAGGAAAGGGACGGCUGGCUGUACGGAGAACACGACGCCACCAAAGUAAAAGGUUGGUUCCCUUCAUCUUACACAAAGCCUUUCGAAGAACCCGUUGAAGAGACAACUCGUGCGCCAGUACCAAGUCCGGCACCUGUCCGAAGCAUCAGCUCAGUCAACCUGACGGACAGGAGUGGGGUCGUCCUUCCCCCUCCCGAUUACGGGGCGUCCUGGCAAACAGGGGCGACUUCUGAAGCAAAGCUGGAGGCUUCCAAGACGACGGCUCUGCUCAGAACGCCAGCAGCCAAACCAGAUAGCCCCGCUCCCAAGCCCAACAUGAACGGGAUUGUAAAGCCACCUUUCCUUAGCGGCGAGAACCCAUUCGCUACCGUGAAACUCCGGCCCACAGUCACAAACGACCGGUCAGCACCCAUAAUCCGAUGAACGUCAUUAGCUGGGGGAAAAAAUGUCUUACCCCUCCCUCUUUGCGAAUGCUGUUUUCGCCAAUAUGAUUUCUCAGAGGCUGUCUAAAAAAGUUUCUCAAAACUUUUUCUAAGUGCGAUUGACCUGUGUGGUUAGCAAACAAAGGACUUCUCAGACUUGCAAAAAGAAAGGGGGGGGUUGCUUCUUUAUAUUCGCUAAAUAUUGCCUUCGGUUACGCCGCUUGAAAUUAUCUUGAUUUUUACAGCGUGCCUUGAUUAGAAUGAUAGAAUUGUGAAAAUAAAGGGGGAGGGCCCUUCGGUACUGUCAUUAUCCCCAUAAUUAAUCCUUGGAAAAAUAUUUCUCUGUUGCCUGUCGUAUGGUUAAUUCUAUGGGUAAGUCCUAAUUAUUUAAGUUCGCUUGUGCCGUUUACGUAGACGUGCAACUCCGCUGCAGCUGAUUUUUUUUUUGGAACCGGAGAAACCAGCUAAGGAUGGCUUCAACAGUUCACCAAUAGAACGUUGUGUAAAAUAAUAAAAUGUUCAUAUCGGUUAAGCCAUAUUCACAUUAGCCAUCGGUACAGAGGUCUUAGGAUGAAAUAAAAAUAAAAUAUUUAUCUUCCGAA